AUGCGCCGCGCAAGCAGCAAGCAGAGGAACGUCUUUGAGCCCAAGGCGAGGCAGUGUGCCAGCCUGUGCGCCUUGCGGUUUGCACUUGAAGCAGGCAGCGUGCAACCAGGCACGAAUGAUGCCAACAAAAAUCGGCUGUCGUCGAAUUGCUUCGCUGCAAGCUGUCAUUUUCGGAACGGGGUCGAGCUUGCAAUUCACAUGUUGCCAUGGCUGCGCACGAGUUUCCUCUUGAUUUGUCCUGGAACUGCGUUUGUCAGCCUGAUGCUCCCGUGCACGCCUGAGGGAGCAAAUGCCCUCUCAAUGGCAACCAUUUCAACCAUUUGCUUUGUGAGGCUUUCAUUUUGA